AUGGACACAGAGGACGAUGUUCCUCUGAUUCUGACCUGGGACGAGGCGAACAGCGGACUCCUGACUGAGGACACGGAGAGGACAGAUGCGGACAAUAGAGGAGGAAGAGGCAACUACGAUGUGAUGAAUAAUGAUGUCAUAACAACUCCAGGGCCCCAAAACUAUGCAGCCCAUAAUGUCACCUUACGGCAGAGCUGGGAGAUGAACUACCAAGAAGCAGCCAUCUAUUUGCAGGAAGGAGAGAACAAUGACAAGUUUUUUACACACCCUCGAAACCCCAAGGCUUUGUCUGCGUAUCUGUUUGCCCACAAUCACCUGUUCUACAUGAUGGAGCUGCUCACGGGCCUCCUCCUCAUGACUCUGUCUCUGUGCGAGGCUCCGGCCGUGCCCUCACUGCGACUGGAUGUUUAUGUACACGCCACGUUAGAGCUGCUGGCGUUAGUUAUGGUCGCUUUUGAACUGUGCAUGAAACUCCGCUGGUUGGGUUUCCAUACCUUCAUCCGGCACAAGAGGACCAUGGUCAAGACCUGUGUGCUGCUGCUGCAGUUUGUGGAGGCCAUAGUGGUCCUGGUGCGACAGACGUCACACAUGAGAGUGACCCGCGCUCUGCGGCCCAUUUUUCUGGUGGACUGCAGAUACUGUGGAGCUGUACGCAGAAACCUGAGGCAGAUUUUCCAGUCCCUCCCACCUUUUAUUGACAUCCUUCUCUUGCUACUAUUCUUCAUGGUUAUAUUUGCUGUAUUGGGCUUCUGUCUCUUCUCCACUAACAAUGCUGAUCCGUACUUCAAAACUUUGGAGAACAGUCUUGUCAGUCUGUUUGUUCUGCUGACCACAGCAAAUUUUCCAGAUGUGAUGAUGCCAGCAUAUGCCAAAAACCGCUGGUCCUGUGUCUUUUUCAUUGUUUAUCUCUCCAUUGAACUGUACUUUGUAAUGAAUCUACUUUUGGCAGUGGUAUUUGAUACAUUUAAUGAUGUUGAGAAAAUGAAGUUCAAAUCUUUAUGGCUCCACAAACGCUCCGCUAUUGACCACGCCUUUCAACUAUUAGUUAGUCGACAGAGGCCGAUGGGAGUGUCUUUAAAGCAGUUUGAUGGCCUGAUGCGUUUCUACAGGCCGCGGAUGUCUGCACGAGACCGCUUCCUCACAUACAAAGCUUUGAACACCUCGGAGGCCUCGAUGCUCAGUUUGCAGGACUUCUACAAGUUCUAUGAAGUGACUGGACUUAAAUGGAAGGCGCGACGAAGUGGAGAAUAUUGGUUUGACGAUCUUCCACACACAACCUUUCUCAUUUUUAAAGGUAUAAAUCUGCUUGUAAAGUCAAAGGCCUUUCAAUAUGCUAUGUGUGUAGUAGUGGCCAUCAAUGGAGUGUGGAUUCUAGUCGAGAUGUACGCUCUGGACAGUGGAUUUACUUGGUCCAGACCUGUACCAUGGAGUUACGUUGUCUUUCUCACAAUUUAUGGUGUAGAGGUGUUGUUGAAAGUAACUGGUUUGGGCCCAAUGGCUUAUUUCAGCUCUGGGUGGAAUCUAUUUGACUUUGCAGUAACAGUGUUUGCCUUCCUGGGCCUGAUCGCGCUUGCCUUCGAUAUGGAGCCCUUUUACUUCAUCGUAAUACUUCGGCCUUUUCAGUUGCUCAGGUUAUUUAAAAUAAAGCAACGGUAUCGUAAUGUAUUGGACACCAUGUUUGAACUCUUCCCGCGGAUGGCAAGCCUGGGUCUCACUUUGAUCAUCUUCUAUUAUUCCUUUGCAAUUGUGGGGAUGGAGUUCUUCGCCGGUGUCGUCUUUCCUAAUUGCUGCAAUGGGAGCACAGUGGCAGACUCCUACAGACAAAUCAAUGUCACGGUUGGAAAUAAAACAGAGUUACAAGAAGGCUACUAUUAUCUCAAUAACUUCAACAAUAUUCUCAGCAGCUUUGUGACGCUGUUUGAACUAACUGUGGUGAACAACUGGUAUAUUACUAUGGAAGGAGUCACCUACAUGACAAGUCACUGGAGUCGCCUCUAUUUCAUGACUUUCUACAUCGUAACAAUGGUCGUCAUGACGAUCAUUGUGGCUUUCAUUUUGGAUGCCUUUGUAUUCCGUAUGAACUACAGCCGCAAGAAUCGGGACUCGUUGGGAAAUCCUGAAGAUGAAAAUGGGAUUGUGUUUGAUGUGGAAUUAAAUCGUGAUGAAGUCCUGAGUACUCUGGACCUGUACAAACAGAUGUGCCCCGAACACUCGUCCCUGAGCUCACUUCAGAGCGUCAUUCAAACCAUGGAGAGAAAUGGGUACACAUCUUUAGUUUUCCUUGGUCGCAGAUCCCGAACAAAGAGUGAUCUCAGCAUGAAAAUGUACGAAGAAGAGAUGCAGGAGUGGUAUGCAGAUUAUUCAAGAGAAAUCUUGCCUCAACGCGACGAAAGUGUGCAGGAACUGGAUUGUCCGCUGUCUAACAUGUCUCCCUCCCCAGAACCUAAUUUCAAUGCACAGACUGGACUACACAGCAUCAACUAA